GUCAAAAUAAUGAGUAUUUACCUGAUUUUCUUCAUAGUUUUAUCCUAUUUGUUUUGGAUAAAAUGCAUUUACUAUCGUCAUCGGCGAACUUUGAUGAAGUCGUUGAAGCAUGUAAUGAACGUUUUAUCAAGCGGAGAAACAGACGGAUCUGAUAUCAGAGCUGUGAUUGUAACUGCGCAUCCGGAUGAUGAAUGUAUGUUCUUCGCGCCAACGAUUGUGCGACUGGUUGAGUUAAAUGCCAGCGUUCAUUUGCUGUGUUUAUCUGAAGGAAACUACUACAAUCAAGGAACUCAGCGUAAACAAGAACUUCUCAACAGCUGUGCCGUGUUGGGGAUACCAGCCUCCAGAGUCACCAUAGUAGACCAUAAAAAACUUCCAGACGAUCCCAAAGCAGAAUGGAGCAUCUCAUUGAUCUCUGCCUUAAUUGUGAAGCACAUACGAGCCCACUCCCUCAACAUGGUGCUGACCUUCGAUGGAAGAGGAGUGAGCGGCCAUGCCAAUCACGUAGCCAUCCAUAAAGCUGUCAGCCAUCUCGCAUCCACUGGACAAGUACCCAAUGACUGCUGUUUGCUCUCCCUGGUGACUGUUGGCCUCCUCAGGAAGUACAUCUCCUUCCUGGAGCUCCCCCUCAGCUGGCUGCUGUUCUCAAGUCUCUGCUGCAUUAUAGGCUCACAGGGCUACAGGCAAGCCAAAGCCGCCAUGCUUUGUCAUCGCACUCAGCUCCUGUGGUUUCGGUAUCUGUACAUCACCUUCUCCCGAUACAUGUUCAUAAACACAUUCCAAAUCAUCCCACAAGGACCAAAGAACCUGAAGAUCUAUUAAAAGUUUGUCCCAUCCUUAUGCACUGAUAUUGACACUCUCAGAUGUCUGAUUGCCUAACUACUGGGCUACAGUAGUAGGAGUGAAUAAACAAGCUGUUUACACAUCUGAUGAGUUGUUUUGCUCACAGUGAGAGACGCCUGGCACUUUAUUGGCUGAAGUAGCCUGAGUACUUUUUUCAUAAGUUUUCCGAAAUAAAGCUGACAGUAACUUUGAAACUUCUGAUUCCUUUUUGUUAUAGAAGUGUCUUUAUCAUUAUCAGUCAUUACACUGUAUAAAAACAACACUAGGGUUUGAAUCGAUUGGGGAGCAGCCUUUUUUCCAGGCUUUUCAUUCACAGAUAGUUGAAAAUACUGUACAAUAUUUCUGGUGUACUACUACUGAUUAAAAACUGUUUGAUUCUUGUA